AUGUCUACUACUCCAGGUCCUCAACUUGAGCAUGUGCUCACCCUGCAUGUCGAUCUGGCCCCUCCCCUCGAUUAUGGAUCCACGGCAACUGGUGAUAAACGUUUCAUUCCCAUAACCGGCGGAAAGGUCAGUGGACCCAAGUUCGGAGGAAAGAUCUUGCCCAACACCAGUGGAGACUGA